AUGUCGGAUAAGUUAACAACAUUAAAGCAAUUGUAUAGCUCAAGUAGUCCUAAUACGGGUAAAAAGGGUAGACUGAACGAUGAGACUUACUUGAAAAGACUAGAGAAUGAUAUUAGGGUCAUUAAAGGAUAUAUGAAAGAAGUAAUCCAUGCCACAGAAACAGUAAACAAACAAAUAGAUCAUGAUUCAAUCGAUGAAAAGAAAAGAAUAAUAGCCCUUUAUAAAGCUGGUGGUAUACUACCUUACAUACCCAGUAAGGACGAGGUUAUUCCAAUAUCAACUACAUCACAGAAAUUAUCACAAAGAUCAAAAGAAUACGAAAGUAUAUUGAACAAUGAUAAGCUUCACGUAACAUCACAACAAGUUGAUAAACAGAAAUCAAAUAAUCAAUUGUUUAACAGCCUUAUUCGGGCAACAGAAAAUAUUAAAAAUAAAUCUGUUAACAAAAUCACAGAUUUAAAUGAGAAAGUUGAACAAGAGGAACAGUUUCUGACUGCUAAAGUAGACAUUAACGUUUCUAAAAUGGAAAAGGAGUCGAGUGAGAUCCAAAAGGCUGUCAAUUCACACUUAAAAAGAGCAAUCAAUAAACAAAUUAAACUAUCAACACCUUAUGAUUUGAGUGAAUCUGAAUUGAAGGACUCAACUAGAGAAUCAUAUAAGUUGGUAACAAAAUUAUUAAAUGCCAAUCCGAAUUCAUGGACAGAAAUACCGGCUUCAGAAGAUUAUGAAUCUUUGUUAAGACUAUUGAUCUUGAAUAAUUUAGUUAGUAUUCGUGAUGACUCUGGUCCUGAAAGAUAUUAUGUUAAGAUACGAGACUUUGGUGUAAUAUGA